AUGUGCUUCCAUGUCUCAUCGCGAGACCCGGUGUUUAUCCAACAAGAAAUGUUCUCCCGUUCGUGGGCAGCGGAUGGAAUCUCUGGAGCCUGUCUACUUGGCCCUGUAGGGGCAACCUGGAAUACGAUUUUACGGGUGCCCGGACGUCAGAGUGGUCGGCAACGCAAGGACAAUGGUCGCCCGGCUCAAACUUCUGGACCGGCGACCGGCUAUGGUGUUGGGCUGGGUAAAUCUGCUGGAGCAUUUAAUGAAGACGAUGUCACGAAGACAAUAUGGUUGCGGCAUCGGGAGGAUGCCACACACGCUGACGGAAACGAGUGGGCGGCUGGGGACAGCCACCGUUGGCAAGGAUUUGCCCUUUCGAAUUCCGACUUCUUCUGGAUGUCCGGAUAA